CUUCAAUAAUCCACACACACAAACACAAACACAGUGUUCAAAAACAACCUCUGAACCAUAAAAAACACACGUAGCCGACAAAUAUAACCAUUCCAUUAUUCAUUCCAUUCAUUCCCAUCAUCAUCAUCACAAUAACCAUACCUCUCUUUUUUUCUCUCCACUUGUUUUCUUCCGAUCCAAACAACGCUUUUUCCUGUCCCCACUCUCUCCUUCCUCCCCUUUUCCCUGUCUUUCUACCUUCCUCAAAUUGCGAAACAAUCCCCUGUUUCUGUUAAAGCGACCUUCUUUCAAUACCCUUUUCAUCCAAUUGCAUAAUCCAAUAUCAUGGUUUUCUGAUUCAAUUCGAUUCCAUUAUUUUCAAUUUCUUAGGUUUCUCAGUUUUUGGCUGUUUUUUUUUUAAUUAUGGAUAAGUACGAGGCGGUUAAGGAUUUGGGUUCUGGUAAUUUUGGGGUUGCCAGGCUUAUGAGAAACAAAGUUACAAAGGAACUUGUCGCCAUGAAAUACAUCGAGCGCGGUUCCAAGAUUGAUGAGAACGUGGCUAGAGAGAUCAUGAAUCACAGGUCUCUUCGGCAUCCAAAUAUAAUUCGAUUCAAGGAGGUGAUUUUGACUCCAACGCAUUUAGCAAUAGUUAUGGAGUAUGCAGCUGGAGGAGAGCUUUUUGAGAGGAUAUGUAAUGCUGGAAGGUUCAGUGAAGAUGAGGCCAGGUAUUUCUUUCAGCAGCUGAUCUCAGGUGUCCAUUUCUGUCAUACCAUGCAAAUAUGUCACAGAGAUCUGAAGCUAGAGAAUACCCUUUUAGAUGGAAGUCCUGCACCUCGCUUAAAAAUUUGUGACUUCGGUUAUUCCAAGUCAUCUUUGCUCCAUUCACGUCCCAAAUCAACGGUUGGAACACCAGCUUAUAUAGCACCAGAGGUUCUUUCUAGGAGGGAGUAUGAUGGAAAGAUGGCUGAUGUAUGGUCAUGUGGGGUGACUCUUUAUGUGAUGCUGGUCGGAGCAUAUCCGUUUGAGGACCAGGAUGACCCUAAAAAUUUUAGGAAAACAAUUCAGCGUAUAAUGGCCAUUCAAUACAGAAUUCCUGAUUAUGUUCACAUAUCUCAAGAUUGUAGACACCUUAUCUCUCGGAUAUUUGUUGCAAAUCCAUUGAGGAGAAUUAAUAUUAGGGAUAUCAAGAGCCACCCAUGGUUUUUAAAGAAUCUUCCAAGGGAGCUAACAGAAUCAGCUCAAGCUAUGUACUACCAGAGGGAAAAUCCAAGCUUCCACCUACAAAGUGUGGACGAUGUGAUGAAAAUCGUGGGAGAGGCAAGAAACCCGCCUCCAAUAUCUAGGCCUAUCAAAGGUUUUGGCUGGGAAGGUGAAGAGGAUGAAGAAGCAGAAGAUUUGGAAGCGGAAUUGGAGGAAGAGGAGGUUGAAGAAGACGAGUACGAUAAGAGGGUCAAAGAGGUUCAUGCAAGUGGAGAAUUCCAUAUCAGUUAAGACUCAAAUCCUUGCAUGUUUGCUGAAAUAAUUUUUUUUAGAAGACACCUUUAUUUCAUCUGUUGUGUAAACUAGAAGUCACCUAUUUGUGUAUAUUAUUAUUACGACUCUAGUGAUUUUGUAUGUGUAUCAUGAUGGACACCAACUAUGAGAACAAUGUUAGUCUCAUUACAUUCUGAAUCGCCAUGUUUGAGAACAGUAAUUUUCUGAUUACAUGCUAGAUUCCAUAUCAGUUUUCUAUA